GCACACUGGCCAAGGAAGUGGCCUUUGCGUGACACACACACACCUGGGCCUGAAUCUCCCUACAACUCAGCCGCCCCGUGUGUGCCACUCAACAGCUCACUCUUGGAGCCUUGGUUGCCUCAUUCGUAGAACGAGUGCACCGUCCAGGUCAAGUUAGAGCUGGGACAUCGUGCCCAACUACGCAAGAAGCCCACCACGGAGGGGUUCACGCAUGACUGGAUGGUGUUUGUCCGCGGCCCUGAGCAGUGUGAGAUCCAGCACUUCGUGGAGAAGGUGGUCUUCCGGCUGCACGACAGCUUCCCCAAGCCCAAGCGUGUGUGCAAGGAGCCCCCCUACAAGGUGGAGGAGUCGGGUUACGCUGGCUUCAUCAUGCCCAUCGAGGUGUACUUCAAGAACAAGGAGGAGCCAAGGAAGGUUUGCUUCACCUACGACCUGUUCCUGAACCUGGAGGGCAACCCGCCCGUCAACCACCUGCGCUGUGAGAAGCUCACCUUCAACAACCCCACAGUGGAGUUCCGGUACAAGCUGCUGAUGGCCGGCGGGGUGAUGGUAAUGCCCGAAGGAGCAGAAACGGUGUCCAGGCCCAGCCCCGACUACCCCAUGUUACCCACAAUUCCACUCUCUGCCUUCUCUGACCCCAAGAAGACCAAACCGUCCCACGGCUCCAAGGACGCCAGCAGGGAGAGCGGCAAGGCCUGCAAGGCCCACAAGACGACCAAGGAGCACCGGGAGCGGCCGCGCAAGGACUCAGAGAGCAGGGGUGCCUCCAAGGAGCCGGAGCGCGAGCAGGCCAGGAGCGCCAAGGACGCCGCGCGGAAGCUGGGCGAGGGCCGGCCGCCCAAGGAGGAGAAGGCCCCGCCGCCCAAGGCCGCAUUCAAGGAGCCCAAGAUGGCCCUGAAGGAGACCAAACUGGAGAGCAUGUCCCCCAAAGGCGGGCCCCCACCGCCGCCCCCGCCCAAGUCUUCCAGCAAGCGGCCGGCCACCACCGACUCGCCCAAGCCCAGCGCCAAAAAGCAGAAGAAGAGCAGCUCCAAGGGGUCCAGGAGCGCCCCGAGCACCUCACCCCGCACCUCGUCUUCCUCCUUCUCGGACAAAAAGCCGGCCAAGGACAAGGGCGGUGCCAAAGGGGAGAAAGUCAAGGCUGAGAACGAGCCCAGGGAGAUCAAAAAGCCCCCGGAGGUGGAGGAGUCCAACUCGGAGGACGAGGCCUCCUUCAAGACCGAGUCCGCCCAGUCGAGCCCAUCCAACUCCAGCUCCAGCUCCGACUCCAGUUCGGAUUCGGAUUUUGAGCCGUCUCAGAACCACAGUCAAGGACCCCUGCGCUCCAUGGUGGAGGACCUGCAGUCCGAGGAAUCUGACGAGGACGAGUCUUCGUCAGGCGAGGAGGCCGCUGGCAAGACGAACGCGGGGAGGGACUCCAGGUUGAGCUUCAGUGAUAGCGAGAGUGACAACAGCGCCGACUCCUGCCUACCCAGCCGGGAGCCCCCUCCACCCAAGAAGCCGCCCCCACCCAACAGCAAGAUGUCAGGCCGCCGGAGCCCGGAGCCCUGCAGCAAGCCCGAGAAGAUCCUCAAGAGGGGUGCCUACGACAAGGCCUACACCGAUGAGUUGGUGGAGCUGCACCGGAGGCUGAUGGCACUGCGGGAGCGCAACGUGCUGCAGCAGAUCGUGAACCUGAUCGAGGAGACCGGCCACUUCAAUGUCACCAACACCACCUUUGACUUCGACCUCUUCUCCCUGGAUGAGACCACCGUGCGCAAGCUGCAGAGCUACCUGGAGGCGGUGGCCACAUGACCCUGGGCCGGGUGCCGGGCCGUGUCCCCGGGGUCCUGGGAGGCCACGUCUGGGCCCCGCCUUCCCUCCUCUCUCGACUUGCCCGCCCGCAGCACUGCCUUAGUGACCGCCCUGUCCUCGGCCCACGCGGCCAGCUGCACUUUCCUCGUCGGGAGCCCCGGGGCCGAGGGGGCCAGGCCGGCGCUGCUGCUCCCCAACACCCUGGGGCCGUCACCUGGGCCCCCCUUGGAAAGUGGCUUGUGUACUCUCGAGGGGGAAGAAACGUGCCCUGCGGUGGGGGCCUCGCUCCUCGGUGGGGCGUGUGGCACAGCUUCACUGCCCGGGCCCCUCUGAGAGGCUGGGGCACUGCCUCCGGCCUCCUCCAACGGUUCGGAACACCCCGCUGAGCCCCAGGACCUCAGAGGGCUCCUGCCGCACCAGGACGGGCCCGGCUCGUCCUCCGCGUCAGCCGGACACGAUCCCGUGUCGGCUCUCACUGUGCUGGGACUCCGUGCUGUAUAGUUCUCUCUCUAUUAUAUAUAUAUGUCUGCACUGUAGGUACCGAGCGGUUCCCGGGUGUGCAUUUCCAGGGCAGCAGUGCACGUGGGGGUGGGGGGUGUAAGGCGGGACUUGUAGGUUACGAUGUCUCCACUGGCCUCGGCGUCGGGCUGAAGGCCGAGCUGGAGCGCCAGCUCACCCUCUCCAGGUGCAGGGAGGACGCCUCCUGCUCCUCCCGGGGCCGGUGAACACUGCGCGCCGCCGUCUCCAGGAGCAGCCCUCCCGGCCCCCAGCCAGCCGCGGGCUGAGACUGGGUCGGCGUCCCGGGGCUCGUCCUCUUCCUCCUUCCAUAGGAUCCUCUUCCUUCUGUUGACCGAGUCUUCGAACUUCGGAAAAAAUGAGCUUUUGCCAAAUAAGACGGGAUAGUUUGUGGAGUUUUUUUUGAGGAGCGUCAGGACUCAGAACCAGCCCCUCGUGCCUGGGCCCCGGCUGGCGGCAGGCCCUCCCACCCCUGCGAUUCACGCUGGUCCGGGGCUGGAGACCCAACUCCUCGCACGCCUGAAACUCUCCAAGGGCCAAGCCAGCUCCUCCCUCCCGGCCAGACGCCCUCACAGAGUCAUCCCACCUUGUGGGGGUCUCCUGGGGGCUGGCGACCUCGACUCAAGGCUCCUCUGGUCCCCACCGGCUCCAGGAGAGGAGGGCGGGACUGGAGCCAGGCUCACUUCUCUCCCACCCACUAUCGGACGGCCCCCCCUCCCCCCAGUUUGUGAAUCCCCACGUGGGGCGUGCCACGCUCCCCUUUCCUGUGGUCCCUGACCAUUGUCACUGCUCCGAUUCUGUCUGUCAGGCAGACCGCAAACACUCCCUCGGGAGCCCCGCCUCCAAGGCUUCCCCGAGCGCCAGCCUCCCUGGUGAGACCCCAGGACUCGGGGAAGGCCGAGAACUUUCAGAGGAAACUGCCGCGACUCCUCGCCAUCUGCUCCGAUUCUCUCCCAACCCCACUGCCUUGAGGUAUUAGGAAGAGGGCAGGCCUGUGUGGCAGGCUCCGUGCUGCCACCGUCCCCUUCUCCAGGCAGGCCAACAAUACUCCGAAGUGGGGCACUUCUCUUCUCUGGAAACUCUUAAGACAUUGGACGGAAAGGACUGGCCCGAGAGCAGCGGCUGCCUGGCCCUCUGUGCACAGAGGCCGCGGGGGGCCGCGGGGGGGAACCUCAGCCCAAGGGCGCUAGUCUUUCUCCUUCCGGAGGAUCUCCUGGCAGGGGCUGUAGGCCCUCCUGGCUCUGUGACUCUGUGACUUGGGCAGCCCUCUGCUCGGGAGCCAGGCUCUGCCCCCGAGGCAGCUAGAGGAAGGCCGGGCUCUCGGGCCUGCCCUUUGCAGCAGCAG